CAGUAAAAUGGUAAGCCAAGGGAUGGUGUGGAUAGAAUAUCCACACUCAGUGAAAGUUGUUGGUAGUUUGACGAAUGACUGCGAGGGCAGCUAUGCUGAGGGGAUUAGUGAACCACUACAAUCUCUUCAGUCUAAUGGAUCAACACAAACACCACUGCCAUUUCUCAUCGGUCUAAUGAACGCUGACAUGAGGUUGGCCAGUGUCCGGGUCCGGGCCCAGAGGGCUGCAGAGCCGUCUGAACCAGAGCCAGAGGAAGCAACAGAGCCCGUUCACCAUGAGCACUCCCAUACGGAACAUCAUGAGCACUCGCAUACAGAACACCAUGAGCACUCCCACACAGAACAUCACCCUGGCCAUGACUACAACCACAUGAAGGAGAAGUUCAUGAAUGAACUUGGUCAUCUGCCAAUUCCCAUGUGGGCAGUUGGAGCCAUUGUCGUGGUGGUCCUGGUUUUGGUGGCGUGUUGCAUCUUCUGUCUUUUCAAAAAAUGCUUUGGGAAAAAGAAAAAGCCAAAGAAAGUGAGGGAGAGGAAGACAGGUCGCCGCCGAAAGGAAAAGGAAGGUGAAGGAGAUGCUGGAGAGAAGGAGGGUGAGGUGAAGAAGGAAGGGGAGCAACAGGAGAAAGAACAGGAAAAUGUGGGUAAGCUGGAGUUCUCGUUGGACUACAACUUCACAGAUACCCAGCUUAUAGUGGGUAUCAUUCAGGCUCAGGACCUUGCUGCUAUGGACAUGGGGGGAACCUCAGACCCCUAUGUCAAAGUCUUUUUGUUGCCAGACAAAAAGAAGAAGUACGAGACCAAAGUUCAGCGCAAGAAUUUAUGCCCUGUUUUCAACGAGACUUUCAUCUUCAAGAUCCCAUACGCAGAGUUGGGAGGAAAGACUUUGGUGCUGCAAGUUUAUGACUUUGAUCGUUUCUCCAAGCAUGAUAUGAUUGGUGAGAUAAAGAUUCCUAUGAACAGUGUUGACUUGGGCCAGCCACUGCAACAAUGGAAAGACUUGGAGAGUGGUGAGAAGGAAGAGCAAGAAAAACUGGGCGAUAUUUGCAUUUCUUUACGGUAUGUACCCACUGCUGGAAAACUGACAGUGAACAUCAUGGAAGCAAAUAAUCUAAAGAAAAUGGAUGUUGGUGGCUUAUCAGAUCCGUAUGUGAAGAUCGUUUUGCAGCAAAAUGGGAAACGGAUUAAGAAGAAAAAGACGACAGUCAAAAAAAACACGCUCAAUCCUUACUUUAAUGAGAGUUUCAGCUUCGAAGUCCCGUUUGAACAGAUACAGAAAGUGCAGGUCGUCAUCACAGUGUUUGACUACGAUAAACUUGGGAGCAAUGACCCCAUUGGAAAGACCUUCAUGGGUUAUGGAGCUACAGGAGUUGGCCUGCGCCACUGGUCAGAUAUGCUUGCCAAUCCCAGGCGUCCAGUAGCCCAGUGGCACACUCUGCUGCCAGAAGAAGAAGUCGACGCGGCACUCAAAGCUAAACCUCAAAUUGUAUGUGUACUUGUGUGUGUUUGAGAGAGAUGUACAGACAAUUUUUGAAAUUUGGUUUUCAUGAAAACGUCAGCUUCCCCUAUUAUUUACUUUGUGCUGUAAAUCAAUGACUGUAUUUGUAUACUUGGAAAACACGUAUCUGUAAAUGUUCAUCUUUUGUGUGUGCUUACGCAUGGGCCAAGUAAAAUGUGGCUGCGUAAAGGAAGAUUUACUCUGGGCUUUUCUGCUCAUUUUGAAGUGCUGUGGUGUCCUGAAACAUGCUUGUUGUAACGCUCUGGAUCUUUUUAAAUGAAAAUAAACCUACACAGUGGACAGUUUCA